UAGUGUGGCAGCGCUUUUCAACUCCGAAGGCAAACUGUAUCGCCCUCUUUUUGUUUUUGUUUUUUAAACUCAGAGUCUGGUCCUUUUUAAGCAUCACGCGCCCUGCAACGCCCAACUCUAUUACGCAUUUGUUUGUACCUCGACGCGCCGUACGACUUUUCCAAGUUUCCCCCAGCAAGGCAUUGAGCAUUGGAACCAAUAUCACAACCCGAUCAAUAGCACCCCUCGGAUACGUGCAGCCGCGUCUGGAGACAAGUGAGAAAUUGACCGUCGUAAGGCAAGCGGCACCUUGAUAGGACGACUGGUAUGAGGCGGCGGAUUAGCUCGUCGAACCUCUGUGAUUCUUGUUUGGACUUGGUACUGGGAUAUGCGGUGCGCGACCCUGAUCCGCCAUGAAGAUGGACAUGGCGAAUGAAGACCAAGAAGUACGUUCUCGAGGAGCGAUUGGCGACAGAGUGGUCCAACCGAUCGAGGACGAUGAACAACGGCAUGGCUCCAGCCCCGGCCAAUUCUCCACAAUCAUGAGCCAAGCUACUGCGCGGAAUCCCGCUGUCGACGACUCGCAUUCCCGUGCAUCUACGCCGAGCCAAUUGUGGCCUCAAUACCAUCCAGACGCCCACAGCCAUCCCGAAGAUACGCUCUCGCUGGAAAAUGACCGAGGUGCUCAACGCUCCUUUUCUUCACCUCUCCCGGGGACAGACCAUUCUCUCCUCGGUGUGGAUCCGAAUACACGGAUGAUUGCAGAUGCAACACAACCUGUCAGUGAGCCCAAUGGCACUUUGAAGGCGACAGAUUCGGCCCCAAACGCAUCGCUCGGCGCAAACCCACGUCCCUCGGAAGACGCACAGCAGCAGGUGGGACAGGAAGAUUUGACAAUAUCGCGUUUUCCAACCCAUCCCAAGGCCCUGCAGGAACCGUCAUUGGGCAUGCAGCUGCCGCUAACAUUUCCGUCUCUCACGAGGGACAGGGGCGCAUCUACGUCGUCACACAAACCCAUACAAAACUCUGGCGUUCUUCCACUUCGCUCGUCGUCCUCCGUUUCAGAUUAUCGAUCAAUGGCAAAGCAGCCGCGACAUCCUCUACUUCUUCGUUCCCGUUUCGACCGGUACCAUUUUCGAGAUAGCAAUCUGUCGCUGCGCCGUCGGGACUCGCCGGCUCGACACGCGGACAAUAAUAAUAAUAAUAAUAAUAAUAAUAAUAACAGGGGAGAGGCAAUUCGAGAAAGCAUGAAGUCUGCCUUGACUAUAGGGUCUAGCUACAUCGAGACCAGCGGCACAGAGCGGAGCAGUGUCAUCUCGAAGCGAAGCUCGACGAGCGAUUUUGUCAAUGUGCAAACAGCGGAGCCGGAUCCCAAAGAUGAGGGGAUGACUGUCGAUGACGCCAUUGGCAUGUACGAAAAUGGUUUCACCGAUGAUGCUUCCAUGUACUCUGCCGGUGGCGGUAGUUUUGGCGGCGGCAGUGGGAGGCCCGUAUCGAGAAAUGGUGGUGGUGGCGGUGGUAGUAAUAGUGCUGGUCUCGACCCAAGUGUUCCUGAUCCGAAACGGCUUUCUACCCUUUCCGUUCCAGAUCCGAAGCGGCUGUCAGCAGUAUCAGCAGUAACCGUGCACAAAGCAUCCAGAGAUGGAUCUGCAGCAGCAGCAGCAUUGCUCCGACCUGAAUCUCCUAAUAUCCGACCAGCCACUGCACCAGCGACUGAGCCACCAACUGUAAAUCCUUCAGAGCAGCCGCCAUUACCAGCACCACCACCACUGCUGCCGGUACCGUCGCCACCGAAGCAGCAGCAGCAACAGCAGUCGCUACCUCGCCGUCCUGUACCAACAGAGGCGCGUGAUCGCUAUGGGUUCAAGAGAGCCACGCAGCAUGUCACUCUCGAACAGUAUAAUACAUGGGAAGCGAGCUACACGGAGCAUCUCAAGAGACGAAAAGCGAAAUGGAUAGCACUCCUCCGCGAAUAUGGUCUGCCCGUUGAAAACCCGGUGCGCUUUCCACCCAAAUCCGCCAAAGUGAAACGUUAUGUUCGGAAAGGCAUACCGCCAGAGUGGCGCGGUGCCGCAUGGUUUUGGUACGCUGGAGGCUUUGCUCGACUGAAACGGUAUCCGAACCGCUAUCGAGAGCUGGUCCUGAUGGCAAAGCAUGGGCAGAUGAGCGACAGUGACAAGGAGCUCAUUGAACGAGACCUUCACCGAACAUUUCCCGAUAACGUGCGGUUCAAGCCCGACGCGUCGUCUUCCUCCUCUCCACCAGCCAGUCCUUCCAACGUGACAAAUGGUGAUUCAAGAAACAAUGGCGAAGUAAACAAUGGAGAAACGCCCGUUUUGCAAUCCCUCCGACGCGUUCUCCAGGCUUUUUCCAUACAGAAUCCCAAGAUUGGAUACUGCCAAUCCCUGAAUUUUCUCGCUGGGCUACUCCUUUUGUUCAUGGAAGAAGAAAAGGCAUUUUGGAUGCUCAACAUCAUCACGGACGUCUACCUCCCCGGCACGCAUGAGGUCAAUCUGGAAGGAGCCAACGUGGACCUUGGCGUUCUCAUGAUCAGCAUUCGAGAAUCCAUGCCCUCCAUUUGGGCCAAAAUUGGUGGCGAGCUGGACGGCUCCUCUGCAGGCGGACGAGCAAGCACCCGCCUCCCACCGAUUACGCUCUGCACGACUGCUUGGUUCAUGAGCUGCUAUAUCGGCACACUGCCAAUCGAAACAGUCUUGAGAGUAUGGGAUUCUCUCUUUUACGAAGGAAGCAAGACCGUGUUCCGCAUCGCGCUUGCCAUUUUCAAAGUCGGCGAAGACGAUAUCAAGGCCGUCAGCGACCCCAUGGAGAUCUUCCAGGUCGUCCAAACCAUCCCUCGUCGCUUAAUCGACGCCUCGGCGCUCAUGGCCGCCUGCUUCAAGCGCCGCAAUGGCUUUGGGCAUAUCAGCCAGGAAACUAUCGAGGCGCGCCGCAAAGAACGCCGUGCCUUGUUCGCUCAAGAGCGCUCGCGCAUCAAUUCGGGCGGCGGCGUAGGCAUUGGCGCGAUUGAUAUCCCGCGGGAAAACUCCGACGAGGGCAGCCUCCGGCAUAUGUUUCGCCGAGCGGAUUCAAAGGUCCGGCUUAAGAAGAUUCAUCUCCGGCUGUAGUCUCGUCCUAGUUCAUCUUGCGAUAUUCUUGAUUCAUCUUCCAGUUGUUUCAUCUGCGAUAUUCUUGAUUCAUCUUCUCAGUCGACCCUUGUUCAUCUUGCGAUAUUCUUGAUUUACCUCUCGGU